AUGUCGCACAGUAUACCAGCCUCGAGUCAGGGCAUGCCUCCGGUUUUUGGACUGUCAGCGCAGUCCAUUCCAGAGAACCCAGACACAGUAGAGCAAACGAGACGGCUCCUCCAGCAGUUUUCCGCGACACCCUUCAUCACUGCUAAAUAUGAAACGAGAAGGGAAACCCCGCGAAGUGAACUUCCCCAGAGUUCAAGGCAAGCUCAACAAAGCUCCCCCCGCCGCUUUACCCGUUCCCCCGCGGAGCCUCCUUCGCAUCCUCAGCCAUCAUCUGCGCGCCGCUCCGUGCCCUCAUCUCCGAUUAUCUCUCCAUCCGCUUCUCCCUCCCCAUCACUCCGCACUUCGCGGACCCGGUCACCUCUACCUCCGCCCCCGCCGACGCGUGGCUCUCGACAACAACGCCCUUUGAGAGAAAGAGUGACAAUAACCAAUGCCAACAGAAGUGACGAGGCCGCGGCCCGGAUCUCGCGAUCGGGGUCGGGUUCAUCCACACCUCCAAGGUCGACAUCACCCGUGGAGAAUACGAUCAUUCGUCGCUCACACCGAUCGCGAGCUCAGCCUACAAAUUACUAUGCGCGGAGCUUUAUCGAUUUUGAAGAGCCAGAAGUGAAUACGCCGGAAGUGAAUACACAAGAAGCACCUACACUGGUGUCCCCACCUGAGUUGCGACCACAAGAGCCCAACCACUUCAAACCGCGGAAACCUCUGCAACACUUCCUACGCACUCGCGAACUUGGAGGGAGACCAAUCAACCUGGACAUGAUUUCAGACUUGAAGCCAUGGAAGUCGUGGAAAGGUGCCUCGGGUGACAUGUUUGUUGUGAUUUGGUCUCCCGAUGGCACGCGGUUCGCCGCGGGUGCCGGAGCCCUGAGUGACGAGUACAACGAGGCCAGAAAUUUCGUGUUGGGAAAUGUCCAAACCAGUCGUCUGAAGGAGAUUCCGGAUCACCGAAUCCCACAGCCGAAUGCGUCCAAUAUUCGAGACCCAUGGCUCUAUACCAGUGUGACAGAUAUGCAGUGGGCUCGUGAUCGAUUAUACACAGCCAGCUAUGACAAAACUGUUAAGGUUUGGGACACCACAUCAUCAAAUAAUAUUUCAUGCCUGGGUACCCUGGCACACGAGUCAAAAGUGGAGUUGACAGCUGUGCCUAAAUUUGAUUCAAGAAUCGUGGCGACUGGCAGCGAUGUGUGUAGCGAGGUGGUGAGAGUCUGGGAUACUCGGGAUAUCGAAAACCCUACGUCAACAGCUCUAUCUAUUGAUCGACCAAACGUGAGGCUUAAAGCAGGGGCUUUAGCUUGGGGAACCGCACCUGCUUCACAGGAUAUCUUGGCUGCUGGCAUGUCACAGACCGGAGAUGAUCAAAAUUUUAAGGGUUAUUUAGGCCUAUGGCGCGCUUGUGAAAAUCGUUUUGAAGCUAUCAAAGCCUCAAAAAAUUCACAAGCAGUUCACGAUCUCACGUGGCACUCUUCCUUGCCACAAUUCGUGACUGCUAGCCCUUUGAAUUCUCAUGAUGCGCGUUUGAAGGGAGUUGGUACAGCGACCAAGUCCCUUGUGAGUGUUUUCCACGUUGACAUGGGGGAUAUGCGUGGAAAAUCGAUUAUGGAGUAUACUUGCCCGGCUGAUGACGUGAAUCAGGUGCACUUUUGCCCCUCUGACGACAGAUAUGUGAGUGCCAGUUGCACGAAUGGCACCACUUAUGUUUGGGAUAUUCGAAAAGGCGAUAAGAUUCUCCAUGAACUUCGCCACGGGGAUCCUAUCAACCCGUACGACCAUGAUUCCACCCGUGAAAAAGAAGACGCUGGAGUCAAGGUCGCUGUCUGGGGUCUGUCUACCGAUCAGUUUUACACCGGUGCUUCAGAUGGCGUUUUGAAGCGAUGGGAUAUCCGCCGAUCAUCAGAGGAUACGUUGCUUCAAAACGUUGCCACGUUUGAUCAUGGUCUAUUCAGCGCCUCUUUCAGCCCGGAUAAAUCUCACCUGCUCAUCGGCGACUCCGGGGGUGGUGUCCAUAUCCUGUCAUCGGGCCCCUGUGCAGAUCCUGAAAACAGAGAUUUCAUUGUUGAUUAUGCCCCCGAGUUUCCCACGGCCGAGGCUCAAGAUAAUACUUUGGAGAUGGACUUGGCCCCGGAAGAAAGGUCAAACUCCUUUUCUGGCCCUCCACCCACCCGAAGUUUGGCUACGAACCAAAAGAGUGGAUUAAAGUCGUCCCAUGCAAAGGACUCUCCAGCGGAAAAGAAAUCUCGCCGUUCCAAAAAGAAAAGAAAAUUGCAACCCAUAAUUCGCAAUACCGAAGCCGUCGACCUCACCUUAGACUCGGACUCCGACACACAAUCCUUCGAUAUGGAGCAGUUGAGAGAGAAGCUCGAAGAGGACUACUGGCUCCCAGACAGCGGGAGCAUCGAUCCCAAUAUCACAGUCGAGACUGUGUGA